UAGUACAAUUACCAGUGAGAUACAGCAAUGAUUUAUCCACCCCUAUCUUUCUCCUCCUAAAUCAGCCGAAGAGAGCAUUAAGUUGCCAGCACACUGUGGGGUAAAGCGACACGGAUAUCUCAGACUCCACCAAUCUCCUGCAGAAGCUGUGACACCUCGCUUUGCAGACCGGAAAGCUAGGUGCUGUCGAAAUGUCAGCGAUGCAUUGGGAGGCGAGGCGACGUCAGAGUGCUCUGGAUCGAAGGCUGGCUAGAGACAAGCAGCAAGUGUUGAAAAAAAUUGAGAGCAGCUGUGAUAUACCUGAAUCAAAUUCAUCAGAGGAGCAAACAGUUCGAUACCACUGUCCCCACUGUAAGUGUGAAUUGAAGGCACCUAUCGGUCACACUGGAAAGAUCCCCAACAGAUACUCAUCUUUACAGUACACACAACAAUGGUGAGAUGGAGAUGUUAGCGCUUUGAAGAUAACCUUGGCUCGACAUUGCUCACGCUAAUGGUAAUUUUAAGACUAACAUAUCUUUUCUGACUUAAAAAAUAUGUUUUGAAGUUAUGAUAUGAAUUGUAUUUUAUGAACAGAUACAAAAUACAGCUAAGAAGGCUAAAUUCACUAUUAGAUUUGCUCUGUUAGUGAUUUUAUAAUACAGUUUAUGGAGAAUGUUAUUAGGUGAUUGAACCAAAAAAUAAACUACACAAACCAAUUAAUUCUGAUUAAUUUUGCAUUUGUGGG